GUAUGUAUUCGGUAAUUGUGUAUAAUCACUGUAUCUAUAUCCGAAACCUAACAGCAUUUGCGUUCUUCUUCUAUCAUCCGUAGCUGAAGCUUCAUCGCCAAUUCAAUCUAUGGGGGAAGUCGAUGCCGGAAAACCCCUAACCCUAGCUGAGCAAUACUUAUUGAAGGAGAAGGAAGAGAAGCCGGUUAUGGGUACAAAACCUGUGGAUGCCAUUGAGGUAAAAGACUCUGUUAAUACUGCCUCUGAUGAAGUUGUCACUCAGAAAACCGAGGAAACACCUAUUGCUGUUGAAAGUAACGAAGUUACCCCUCCUGCUGUUGAGGAAAGCAGCGAAGCCUCUGAUGCUGCUGCUGAAGAGAGCAAUGAAACUAAGCCUAAUGUGAGUGAAGGUGAUACUGAAGCCAUCCCAGCUGCUGGUGAAGAAAGCAGUGAAAGCACUGAACAGGAGAAUUCAGGUGAUGAAGAAGUUGAACAGACACCAGAGAUCAAGCUUGAGACAGCACCAGCAGAUUUCCGUUUCCCAACUACAAAUCAAUCCAGGCACUGCUUUACCCGCUACAUAGAGUAUCAUCGGUGUAUAGCUGCAAAAGGGGAAGGUGCUACUGAAUGUGACAAGUUUGCAAAGUAUUAUCGUUCUCUUUGCCCUGGUGAAUGGAUUGAUCGGUGGAACGAGCAAAGGGAGAAUGGCACCUUUCCAGGUCCUUUGUAAAUGGUGCCUGUUCAAAAGUCAAAACCUAAAAUUUCUUUCGUUGUUGCCGUCUUGCGGUUAUAUUCAAGUAGCUUCUGGGUCUGCCAGAUCAAUUUCUUUAGAUGAGAAUGGAUCCCUGAGGGAAAUGUCCCAUUUUAAACGAGUUAAUAAAAGCCAGCUAGUCUGUUCGUACUAGUUCAAAUACAGACUUGUGUUGUUACUCCUGCAACAGAAUUGUUGCUAAUCGCGGAACUUUACCCUAUCAUCUGUUUGCAUUUGACUGGUUUGUAACAGUAAAUUGGAUCAAAGCUAAACAAAAGCACGUAAUAAAGGUUACUGUUUUUCGACGAAA